UUCAUUUUGUUUAGCAUAGGCCUUUGUGAUCUCUCUCUCGUCCUUCGCCACUUCAUUUAUGAUCGCUCUCUCUUGUCCUUCGCCUAUAAAUUUCAUGCGGCUUUGGCGCCACUGAGCCCGCGUUGAUCCCUCUGAGGAACCCAUGGAAAUCAAUUGCAGGCACUUCAAGUACCUUGAACUCGUCCUCCUCACCUUUUACGCUGUUGCAUUCUAUGUCAUCCUCAUCAGACGUUCCCUGCAUCUCUCCCAUGAAUAUCUGGUUUGGCAUGGCUCUGCAACACCUCGAAAUUUUGUACAGGGAUGGUUAUGGGGCCGACCUAACGACCUCACUGAUUCACAAUGGAGAAACUUUCGUGGGAAUUUACCCAUUCUUACUGUUGUAAUGGGGGUAUUCACAUUUGUAGCAAAUACCUUGAGGUCAUCAUUUCAGCUCAAAGGGAGAGGCAUGUCGAUUGUUUGGUUAAUAAUCUCCUUGUCUUAUCUGGCUUAUCUGCAUGGUGCUUGCAUCUUAUUUAUCCUUUCAAUUGCUUCUGGAAACUUCAUUUUAGUGAAGAUAUUUGCGUAUUCAAAGUUAUUCCCUUGCAUCCUUUGGAUAUACAAUCUAUCAUUCCUUAUUUGCAACCGUAUUUAUGAAGGAUAUUCGUUCUCCUCAAUUGGGCAGAAUUGGGCAAUUCUGGACAGCUAUAGAGGCACUUUCAGAUGGCACAUUUGUUAUAACCUCGUUGUUCUACGCAUGAUAAGCUUUGGAUGUGACUACCAUUGGGUAUAUAGAGCUUCACGAAUUGACCAUAAGAAACAUACUCAAAAUUGUAGUACUUGUUCUCUUGGAAAAGCAUGCUAUCAUCUUCUACAGGAGAAGAGUGUUCCAAUGGAGAGAUUCUCCUUUGUGACAUAUCUGUGUUAUCUCAUCUAUGCUCCUCUAUAUAUUGCUGGACCCAUUGCAAGCUUUAACGCAUUUUCAUCACAGUUGGAUCUGCCUCAGAAAACUCAUUCCGUUAAAAAUAUCAUUUGUUAUGGUGUCCGAUGGGUUCUUAAUCUUCUCCUUAUGGAAUUGAUGACACAUUUAUUCUAUUAUAACGCUUUAGCGACAAGUGGCUUCUGGAGGCAUUCAUCUGCUUUUGAGACGUUUGUGAUCGGAUAUGGGGUCUUAAAUUUCAUGUGGUUGAAAUUCCUUCUCAUUUGGCGUUAUUUCCGCUUUUGGGCGCUGAUGGGAGGUGUAGAAGCUCCUGAAAAUAUGCCACGAUGCAUCAAUAAUUGUUAUAGCUUGGAGGAUUUCUGGAAAGGAUGGCACUCAUCUUUUAACAAAUGGCUUGUCAGGUAUAUAUAUAUCCCUCUGGGGGGAGCCCGAAGAAAGCUACUCAUUGUUUGGGUUGUGUUCACAUUUGUUGCAAUCUGGCACGACCUAGAGUGGAAACUUCUGUCAUGGGCAUGGUUGACUUGUUUCUUGUGGGUGCCUGAAAUACUCGUGAAGUUAGCGAUGACUAAUAUUCAGGCUAAGGGCAUGUUUAGGCAGCUUAUUCUCCGUGAACUCAGUGCUAUGAUUGGUGCCUUCACUAUCACUGGUCUCAUGAUCACAAACCUUGUGGGUUAUGUUAUUGGACCAGCUGGCUUGGAUUGGUUGAAGUCCAGAAUGCUUAAACCAGAUGGUCUACCUGUUCUUGGAAGUAUUUAUUUCACAUUUUAUGUGGGCACAAAGAUUAUGUUCCAUAUACGUGAGGCGAAGAGAAAAUCACCCAAUGGUUUGAUAGGAAGUGAGAGGAAGAGAAAUGUCAUGUGAGUUCUCAAUCCCAGGAUGAGAAAUAUGGGGCAGGUUUGGCAUUGAUUGUCCCGUACUGUUGAUUGCUUUUCGUUUCAGGGCGCCUCCAUUUGAGUUGUGAUCCGCAUAUAGCAAUGAAAUUUUGUCACUGUUAAUAAUUAAAAGAAAAAGAAAGGCGGCAACAUUGCAUUGGCUCAUGCCCAUGUGAGCGAAAUGAUGGAUUUUCUUGCUUGUGUUAGGUUAGGUUGAGAAUAUGGAGGGUGUUGUGGCAAUGUGUUGUGUAUUUUUGUUUCCUUAUAUUGUGAAAAUUGGUUUUUCUAUUCAUGAAUUAAUAUAUCUCCCUCUCUAGCGAGUAA